GUCUUAAUAUUUGAAUCCCGAGAUUUUCUGUGUUCUAGGGUUUUCUGAGAAAAUCAUGUGCUCGUUUCUUCUUUGAUUAUCUCUGUUCGAUUUUGAGAUAAUCCAUGUCUUUUGAGUCCCGAGUUUGGGCAGACAUGGAUGCAUGUCUUGUCAGAGAGUUAGAUAUGCAGCCACUGUGCUAUGGGGCCGACAACAUUAUACGAGGAAUCGUUUGUUUGCUGGUUUUGAGGACUGUGUCCAUGGUUUAAGACAAUUGAAUCUGUUCUCUGUCCAUCCAUGGUGGGUCAGUGAAAUCAAUUUUAUAUGUUAGAUCUGUUAUACAUUGCAUUGGGUGUUUAUGACAGCAAGCCAGAAUACAAGAAUAUACUAUCAAGAGGAGAGCUGAAAUGGAGAAGGAUAACCGAGAGAAUAUCAACCAGUAUUCGUCAGCGGAUUUCAUGGUGAAACGGAAGAGGGGUCGUCCUCGUAAACAACUGGGGAUAGAUUCAGGUGAGCAAGGUCUCGGCUCCAGUUCCGGGCAUGAAAGGAGAAGCAGGAAUCAUCCCCGUCAGAGGGAUGAUGUGAUGGUGGGGCAACCAGUGAGUGGUGUGAUCGAGGCUGGAUUUGAAGCCGGGUACUUGCUCUCUGUUAAGGUCGGGAAUUCGAGCAAUGUGCUCAGAGGUGUGGUAUUCAAGCCCGGGCGAUGUGUUCCCCUUUCAGAAGAGAAUGACGUUGCCCCUAAUGUUCCAAUGAUCCCGAGAAACAGCAUCCCGCAUAGUCGGAAAUCCAGGUUCCGUGAGGAACCUGAUCUUUUUGGGGUUAAGAGCCGAGCAUUGGUUCCCAUCUUGAGCCAGUCUACUCAACCUGCACACUUGCAGAACGGUGGGCUAGUCCCUGACCCUUCAAGGGCACCGCCUCAAGCAGCGGUACCGAUCAACCAGGCUCCACCAGCAGAUGUCAAUAUCGGGUCCGAACUCAUUAUGCAGAGUGGAGCUGGUCAUGGAAAGCCGUUUGAAACGCUGCUGACGGAAGUCAUGAUGAAUAGAGUUCAAGUCCAAGGGAAAAUGGCCUCGGUUGAGGCUGAUUCCGAUGAACAGGCGCUGUCCAUCGAGCCGCUUCAAGCGAUACACCCGGUCCAUCCCGUUCAUAUUCCCAAACCCGUGCCUGGCUACAGAAGAGGCAAGAUGACUGAACUCCUCCAGGCGGUGCAGGAGAACGUGAGAGACAGCCAUGUUUCAGGGGGGCAAUGAUCUGUGUGGGGAAUGGUUCCUACAACAAAAAGAGUUCCAGACUUUUCGCUGUCCGAAUCAGCAUUUCAGAAUCAGAGCAUUUUCGUAUGGCGUGUAAUCAGAAAUAGGCACAACUGUAACUCACUGUCCGAGUAGAAAAGUGUGAGAAAAGUUCGUAUGA